AUGGCCCAAAACCUACUAUUCCCAAUCUUCAUUCUACUUCUCUCCCAAUCCUAUGCUCAAACUCAAACUCCUCCUUCUAAACUAUGCAAAUCCACUCCAUACCCUUCCUUCUGCAACUCCGUCCUCCCCACCACCAACUCCUCUUCCACCGUCUACGACUACAGUCGCUUCUCCGUCCGUCAAUCCAUCUCAGCCGCCCGGAAAUUCCUAGCCCUCGUCGAAAAAAACCUCCACCAAUCCACCACCAGCCUCACCAUCCCCGCAACCCGAGCACUCCAAGACUGCCAGUUCCUCGCCCAAUCCAGCAUCGACGACCUCAUCACCUCCUUCCAAAUCGUCAACAAGACCUCCCAAACCCUAACCCCAUCGCGCGUGGAUGACGUCCAAACCCUCCUCAGCGCCACCCUCACCAACACCCAAACAUGCAUCGACGGCCUCCAGGCGGCCGCGGCCGCCUGGAGCACCAGGAACGGCAUCCUGACGCCCCUCUCCAACGACACGCGCCUCUACAGCGUGUCGUUGGCCCUCUUCAUCAGAGGCUGGGUGCCGUCGCCACACAGCAAGAGGAAGAAGAGCAAGAAUCCCUCGGCCAGGAAGCACCUCAUGCGCAACGGAAAGCUGAAUUUGAAAAUGUCUAAUGUGAAUCGGGAGGUUUACCGGAAGGUUAACGGUAACAGACGGCUGCUGCAGGAUGACGGCGUUGAGAGUCAGGUGGAGGUGAGUGACAUUGUUGUUGUGAGUCAGGAUGGGAGCGGGAACUUCACGGCGAUCAAUGACGCCGUUAGUGCUGCUCCGAACAAUACCGAUGGGAGUAACGGCUACUUCCUCAUCUACAUAACGGCCGGCGUCUAUGAAGAGUACAUUUCCAUCCCCAAAAAUAAGAAAUACUUGAUGAUGGUCGGAGCUGGGAUUAAUGAAACCAUCAUCACCGGAAAUCACAGCGUCGUCGACGGAUGGACCACCUUCAAUUCUCCCACAUUCGCUGUGGUGGCGCCCGGAUUCCUUGCAGUGGGAAUAACAUUCCGCAACACGGCGGGGCCGGAGAAGCACCAGGCAGUGGCCGUGCGCAACGGUGCGGACUUCUCCACCUUCUACGCCUGCAGCUUCGAGGCCUACCAGGACACGCUCUACGUCCACUCCCUCCGCCAGUUCUACCUCGAGUGCGACGUCUACGGCACAGUCGACUUCAUCUUCGGCAACGCGGCCGUGGUCCUCCAGUCGUGCAACCUCUACCCGCGGCUGCCCAUGGCCAACCAGUUCAACGCGAUCACGGCCCAGGGCCGGACCGAUCCCAAUCAGAGCACCGGGAUUUCGAUCCAGAACUGCACGAUCCGGGCUGCCGGAGAUCUCGCCGCCUCCAAUCGGACGGUGAGGACGUAUCUUGGGCGGCCGUGGAAGGAGUACUCGCGGGCCGUGUAUAUGCAGUCGUAUUUGGAUAGUGUGGUCGACCCGGCCGGGUGGAGUGUGUGGUCGGGUGAUUUUGCACUCAACACGUCGUAUUAUGCCGAGUUUGGUAAUACCGGGCCGGGAGCGGAAACGGGCCGGAGAGUCACGUGGCCCGGGUUUCAUGUGAUUAGUGCGACCGAGGCUGCUAAUUUCACUGUGGCUGCGUUUUUGGGCGGGGAUGAUUGGAUACCUGAUACCGGGCUUGCUUAUACAAGUGGAUUGUAUUGAUUUCUUCAUAUUUGUUUUUUAUUUCUUUAGGAAUUAUAAUUCUUUCCGCUUGUUAUUGGAAAAACAGAACAUGAAGACUAACUUAUAAUACAAAAAAAGAGAAUUAUGUACGUAA